AUGACGAUGACCCAGUCUUACUAUGGUGGCGAGUUUGAUGCAAUCACACGCGGAAAUCAUAGAGCUCCGACCGCUGCGCACUACGAUCGCCCUCUGCCGUACACUCAAUACAAUCACAACUACUAUGAGUCUCCGCAUCCCGAGCUACGACCAGAUUACAGUGCACGAGCUGGCAUGCGGGCUGCGAUUCACGAGCAUGCCGGCGAUAUCAUGCCCCCUGGGAUGCCUCCGGGACAUUCUCGCCGCCGAAUCCAAGUCGCAGUAAGUCUCCGCAGCUGAUAUCCAGUUCAAAAAAAGCAAACAGCUAACGGCACGAAAGUGCUCAAGAUGCAGAAGGCGCAAAAUCAAGUGCACGGGAGACCCGGGAGAUGGCAGCGGCUGCUCCGCUUGUCGGUCCGCCGGCGCAGACAAAAAUGCCUGCACAUUCAUCCGAGUGAGAAGGACUCAGUAUGAUUCAAACCUUGGCAUCCCACUGAUAGUCUCCAGGUGGGGAGCCACCAGCUCCCAGUGCCGGCCGUUGACAUGAUACCCGCCAGCACGUUGCCCGCGAGCAACGCGAACGUGCCUGCAUAUGGCGCAGACGCGACCGUCGGUGCUUAUGACACCAGCCUCUAUCAAUCCCAGAAUCAACAUCGCCCGUCUCUACCAACGCUCCAAACCCGCACUGCGUACCCUGAGUAUGAUAACUACAACACGUCGCCACUGGAUGAGUACACCUACGCCUCCUCUACCGUUCCUCGGCAGUCGGUUUCCAGUGCAUACAACACGGGCAAUUUCCGCCCUUGGACGAGCGGUUCGGUCUCUGCGCCUGUCACUUCCACGAGCAUGUACUAUGAGCCUGGUGCGGCCUUCAGUUUCGGUGAUCUACAUGCAGCUGGGCCGUUUCCGUCAACUCCUACAGGUCGACUGCCAAGCGUCACUGCUGAGGCUUUUUCAUCACUGAACAUGGCGUCCCUGCAUUCUUCCCUUCCAACCCAGACUGUGCAAGAGCGAAGGCUGCCCGUGCCUUACACGCAGUCUUACCAGCAGUCGAGCUUUUCGACCGCGGAUGUGCCACAGAUCAGGCCACUCGGAUCAGUCCCUGAGCAACAGCCACGCGUGCAUAUCAGCGGAAUACACAGUCGACAUGGGAUGCCUUGGUCUCACGAUGGGGCUCAGGAGCGCGCUGUGUCGCGAAGUGGUUCAAUGAACAGUAUAUCCGCCGCGCAAUACCAUGGCCUACCAAUGGCCACCGCAGGGGCGGCCACUAAUUCGUCUUUGAUGACAGAGCCGAUACUGGGCUAUCAAUUUGGCGCCACAUCUAGCAGCCCAGCAGUAUCUCCGACCUCAGGACCCGCGCUUUCAGAGAGCUUCCCAAACACUUCCAGUACUUCAACUAUGCCAGGCAUGUUGGCUCCGUUCUCCAGCCUCCGUGCUAGCUACUCUAACUACACCGGCAACGACGAUCAACAGCCGCCUCGACCUUCGUCUUCCCGAGAAGCUGCUUCCACCAGCUUGUACAGCUACAGCUCCGGGGUCGACAAAUAUGAAAGCCGACAGUCUCCCCCGGAUGAGACACCAACGCCUCAACAUCGGUAUGCCCAGCUUCGUCAUCCUCAGCCUCAACAUGCUGCCAGCCUCGACGAGCUACGGCGCCGUGCCUCGCACGAUCAACGCGCAGCCACUGCACAUCGCAUGUCUGUCUCGAACCUGAACGCGCGAUACUAA